UUAUGAUGUAAAUAACUUCAGUCAGUGAAACUCUUCUGCUAGGGUUAGCAGAAUCAGAUUUGAUACUCAAAGGUUCCAGUUGCUAUUCACAAUAAUUGCUUUUGUCAAUUUUGUGUUCAUCUUAUUAUGCCGCUGCCAAUCAAAGUGUAAAUGUGGAAUUAACUGGUGGUCAUGGGUUGAGUGAAAAUUUAUCGUAUAAAAAAGAAUAAUUUAGGUUUUGUGAUGGAUGGGGCAUUUCAGAUACAUUGUUGUUUAUUUGACAAUUAGUUGUAUUACGUAGAAUAUUUAAAAAUUCAUAAGUAAUUCAAAUAUGAAUUUUUAACUCUUUGUUGGUGUUUGAUUUUUCUAACAAUGAUUGGAUUUGAUUUUUAUUUUAUGCUAAAACAAAUAAAUCUGUAGUGUUGAAACCGUAAUAAUUUCAUAUCUUAGAAUUGUUGAUCGUAAAUAGUAUUAAUUAAAUAAAAAAUGGAAGAGGAAGAUCAACCUGAUAUUAGGGAGCAGAUGUUUCACAGCACUGUUCGGGAAUAUAUAAUAUUCCUGUUGUUGUUCAUCAUGCUAUAUGCUCUUAGUUUUUUAAUUAUUCGCAAGUUUAAAAGAAAAGAUAACCAAGAAUAUUUUCACACCGAUGAAGACGAAGCUACAGUGUAUCGAAUCAGUUUAUGGUUGUGUACAUUCUCUUUCUCUGUGUGCCUGUGCGCCACACUGCUUCUGCCUUUCUCCAUCGCCAGCAACGAAGUCUUGCUGCACUAUCCCACCAGUUAUUAUGUUAAAUGGCUCAACCAUUCUCUUAUACAAGGUCUGUGGAACUUGGUGUUCCUGUUUUCCAAUGUUGCAUUGUUUUUGUUACUACCAUUUGCCUAUCUCUUCUUAGAGUCAGAGGGAUUUCUUGGUUGCAGAAAGGGAGUGAUGUCUCGAGUACAUGAGGCACUAGCAGUUUUAUCUCUCUUGAUGCUGAUGGUUCUGGGACUUACCUAUGUCAUCUCAGCUCUUAUUGACAAGAAAAAUGCCAAUAUCCAGACCUUCUUCAAUCUUGGGAGCUACUACCUGCCGUUUCUGUACUCUUGCAUCUCAUUCCUUGGAGUUCUCUUAUUAUUGUUAUGUACUCCAAUUGGAUUUGCAAGACUGUUUUCUAUAGUCAGCAGUUUUCUGGUUAAACCUCAGUUUCUUCAAGAUAUCAACCAAGAUUUCUAUGUUGCUAGCUUACAAGAAAACUGCUUUAGAAGGAGACUGGAGCGGGCAACACUGAGUGGAAAGACUUAUCUAAGUCCAGAACCCAUGUACACCCCUCCACCAACAGUAGAGAAUGAGGAUUCUGAAUUGCUGAAGUUGCAGAACGGAGCUCUGCAAGCUUGCCUGAUGGAUAAAAUUGAAGAAAUGGCUCAUAAUAGGCAGUUGCUAGAUAGACAAAGACACACUUGGGUUCUACAGCGUAACGUUGUGUACCCAGUCUGCAUGCUCAUCCUUCUCGCACUAACAGCUAUAACUGUGCUGAUAGUGGUGCAGAACACCAUAGAAUUACUCAUUGGCAUCAAGGCAUUGCCCAUCAGUUCUAGGCAAUUUACACUAGGUCUGACCUCCUUAUCAAAGUUAGGUCCCACCGGCGCAGUGUUGGAAGUAGUUUUAAUACUAUACCUGGCUGUCACCUCCACCGUAGGGCUCUACUCCUUGCCUUUGUUGUGGCGAAUCACCCCAUGCCUUUCCCAAACACCCUUCUAUUACAUCAUUGCGAACUGUGCUCUUCUGUUGGUGCUCAGCUCUGCCCUACCUCUUCUAUCCAGGACUCUUGGGAUAACUAACUUUGACCUGUUGGGAGUGUAUGGCCAGAUAGAAUGGCUGGGAAACUUCAAGAUCAUACUACUGUACAAUCUGACAUUUGCUGUAUCAGCAACUUUAUGUCUGUUCAACAAAUUUUCACUAGCAGUGCGGCGUGAGCUAUACAAUAGAUUGCAGAAUGUUUUCUUAAUAUUCUGUAAUGUCGAUCCGGAUCAAUCGACAAGAGCUGCCUCAGCAGCUAAACAAGACUGAUUUUUUAAAGAUGUAGUUGCAGUUUGAAGAAUUUCCAAAGCAGUAAAGGACUUAUGUUUCUAUUCAUAAAACUUAAAAAUCUGUGAUGAAUGUAAAAUUAGUUUGUAAGGAAAGUUUUUGUAUUACGUUAAAAAUGUCAAAUGUGAUAAUGUAUUGAAUUUUGUUGUAAUUUAGUUAUUAAGAUACACAUAGCUUAUUUAUUUAUUAUAGUAUAUUUUUGUUGUACCUUGUUAACAUUGUUAGAAAAUUAAUGUGGAACUAUUUCAUUUCAAGCAAUAAUGUAAUGUUCAAAUUAUCGAGAAUUUAAAAAUUAUCAAUGUGUAAAAAUGUAAUGGAAUGUAAAGUUGGAAGUUAGAGUUAAUGUAAAGCUUGAUCAUGACAUGUCAGAUUGAAAAUUUGUUAAUAGUUUUAAAAGUUAAGUAAACAAUAUUGUUCCUAUGACUA